AACUAAAAGAUAAUCAGAUCACAUACAACGACCAAAAGACGCUCUGUAUUACCAUCCCUAUUCAAGAAACCCUCCACCUUCCUCCGGCCUCCCUCCUCCGCCUCCGGCCUCCCACCGCCGGCUCCUCCUUUUUCCCCCCUCUCCGCCGCCCUAUCCGCCUCCACUGGUAACUGGCCAAAUUAUGCAAGAAUCAUUAAAAAGAAAGUUUCAUGUCUCAUCUUCUUCGAGUAAUAAUCGUAUGAGAAUUGAUUUGGAAGACCUUCCAUGGGAUCCCGCCGAACGAAAACCAAUAUUGUCUUAUGACGUUAACCAAAGAGAUGAAAUUAGACGGGCAUAUUUGAAUAAAGGUCCAUGUCAACCGCAAGGUCAUGUUUUUCCAAAACGAGAUAUUGGUGGUAGAAUGAGACAAUUUAAUCCCGAUUGGUUUAAGGAAUUUGGAUGUUGGUUAGAAUAUAGUGUAAAAUUGGAUGCCGUAUUUUGCUUGGUUUGCUACUUGUUCAAAGAAAGUGGUCAAAAAGAUGCAUUUGUGACCGACGGAUACAAUGGUUGGAAUAAAAAAGAUAGAUUGGGUAUUCAUGUAGGUGGUAAGCCGAAUAGUUUUCACAACAAAGCACUUCAAAAAUGUGACGAUUUGCGUAAACCAAAACAAUCUAUUAGUAGUGCCUUUCAACCUAAGCCAAAAACACAAAAUCGAGUAUAGAAUCCGAUUAAGCACAUCAGUUAUUCUUGCUAAAGCUUUAUUGAACGGUGCAUUACCGUUUCGCGGUCAUGAUGAGUCUGAGAGUUCAAGUUAUAAAGGACAUUUCUUGGAAUUUUUAAAACUAUUGGGAGAGUUGAAUGAGUCCAUUGGUAAGGUUAUAUUAGGAAAUGCUCCGGGGAAUAACCAAAUGACGUCUCCAAAAAUUCAGAAAGAUAUUUGUAAUUGCUUUGCACAAGAAGUGUUAAAACAGAUUUUUGAAGAACUAGCUGAUGAUGUGUUUUCUAUAUUAGUUGAUGAGUCUCGUGAUAUAUCUAAAAAAGAACAAAUGGCCGUCGUUUUGAGAUAUGUUGACAAGCAUGGGGUUAUUAAAGAGCGAUUUAUCGGCCUUGUUCAUGUCAUGGAAACAUCAGCACUAUCUCUGAAAUCAGGCAUUGAUGAUUUAUUUUCUCGAUAUAAUUUAAGUUUGGCAAGGGUUAGAGGUCAAGGAUACGAUGGUGCUAGCAAUAUGGCCGGUGAGUUUAAUGGUUUGAAAGCCUUAAUUUUGAAAGAUAACUCUUCGGCAUAUUAUAUACAUUGUUUUGCCCACCAACUUCAAGAGCCGGAGAUACACGUUGGAGCUCUCAUCAUAAGACACUUGUGCGUUUGGUUCAGUUAUAUCCAACAAUUAUUGAAGUGCUUCAAUAUAUUCGGAAUUCCGGUUUCAAUAAUGUUCACCAAAGACAAGCAAAUGGUAUUUGGACAUACAUGAAGGCAUAUGAUUUUGCAUAUUAUUUACAUUUGAUGAAGCACAUUUUGGGGAUUACUAAUUUGUUGUCUCAAGCUCUUCAAAGAAAGGACCAAGAUAUAGUGAAUGCAAUUCAAAUGGUUAAUGCAACGAAGCAACAACUUCAAACAUAUAGACUUGAAGGAUUUGAUUCACUUUUGAAAGAUGUGGCAUCUUUUUGUGAAAAAAAUGAGAUUGAAAUUGUUGACAUGGAAGAUGAAUACGUUAAUCCAAAACAGAAAAGAAAAAAGACUAACAUCACCAAUCGCCAUUAUUAUGAGGUUGAAAAUUUCAACACGGUGUUAGAUUUGCAAUUACAAGAGCUUGACAACCGUUUUAGUGAGGUAACCACCGAAUUACUUACAUGUAUUGGUAGUUUGAGUCCGGAUGAUAACUUUAGUGCAUUUAAUGUUCAAAAGAUUUUAAGGUUGGCCGAGUUUUAUCCGUUUGAUUUUAGUUAUGAAGAAAGAGAAUCUCUUAUGAUUGAGUUAGGCAACUACAUUAUUAUUAUGAGAAAAGAUGGAAUGUUUGCUAACGUGAAUGGGAUAUCUAAUCUUGCAAAGAGGAUGGUGGAAACAAAGAAACAUUUGAGGUAUACGUUGGUCUAUCGUUUAUUGAAGUUGGCAUUAAUUCUACCGGUUGCAACGGCAAGUGUUGAGAGGUGUUUUUCGUCAAUGAAACAUGUGAAGACGGAUUUGCGUAAUCGAAUGGGUGAUGAUUAUAUGAAGGACUGUUGCAUUUGUUACAUCGAAAGAGACCUUCUUGCCAAUGUUUCGGCCGACGAUGUAAUGGAUCGUUUUCAAAAGAUGAAAACUCGUCGGGAACAACUCUAAAAGUUUGUAAUGCUUUUUUUUUUGUUUCCAAAGACAUAGUAUGUUUAUUAUGUGUUUUCUAAUGAGUAAUGGUUAUAUAAUUUUGUUAUGGUAUUA